AUGGAUGAAGUAGAUGAGUAUGAUCCGUCUAGAAAUAAUUGCUUACCUGCUAGAAUGUAUUUGAAACGACCUGAUGGAUCGAUUAUCAAAGAAAUGACCACAUCUUCAAGAUUUAAAUUUAAAGCUGUCAAGAUUCGGAGAUUGCGUAUGGCACAAUUUUGCAGACGUUCUAGACUUACCGAUAACCUUAUCAUUGGAGUUAGAUUGAAAAGUACACAACUAGGAAAUCAUUUUUUUAGAACAUUAUCAUUCCAUGAACCUGCUCCAAUUAAACCAAUUCCUGUAACUUUGAUAUCUGCUUGGAAGAAUGAAUUUCAAAAACCAGGAUCAGGUGAUGUUAAAAUUACGGUUCAGGGACAAACAAUUUUUGCAAGUAGUUCAAUUCUUGCAAAACGUUCGGAAUAUUUCCAAAGAAUGUUUAAUGGAUCAUGGUUAGAAUGUAACCAAUCUAUCGCUAAUGAACAGCACAUGAUUGAAGAUGAUACUAUAUCAAGUGAUCGUAGAGUGGACAUUAAUAAUUGCCCAAAUAUUUGGAAUCUUUAUACAAUCGCCAAUAAAUAUCUAAUAACAGAUUUAGAGAUGGAAGCAAAAUUAAAGAUUCUCGAAGGAAUGAGUAUAAAUACUGCAGCAGAAAGUUUAUUUAGAAAUGCAUGGAAAUGGCCAGAUUUAAAGAAAAGAUUUUUGAGAUAUGUUGUUGAUAAUUUUUCACAAAUUAGAAAUAGUCAUGGUUACAAAAAUAUAGUAGCAAAUCGUUCGAAAUAUCCAAUGUUUCUUGAGUUGAAUAGCGAAAUCUUAUUGGCAUUUGUUCCCGAAACUGUCGAAUCUUGA